CGUCACCGUCACCGUUGUCUUCGCCUGCUUGGGAAGCACAGAGGAAAGUAAACAGAGACAGACAGACAGAAAACACCGUGUUUACACUUCAUACACAGCGAUAUAAAACCAGUGUAAAUAACAAUGUGUAGUAUAAAUGUCUGAGACUUUAGGAGAUUUAAUAACAGCGCUGAUUCGUCUGAAAUAAGAGCAGAGGAUGCUGAAAGCUGUGAUUCUGAUCGGAGGCCCUCAGAAAGGCACGCGGUUCCGGCCGCUGUCUUUCGAGGUGCCCAAGCCUCUGUUUCCGGUCGCAGGAGUCCCAAUGCUGCAGCACCACAUAGAGGCCUGUGCUCAGGUCCCAAACAUGAAGGAAAUCCUGCUGGUUGGGUUUUACCAGCCGAACGAAGAGCUCAACCGCUUCUUAUCGUCCGCACAGCAAGAAUUCAAAGUGUCAGUUAGGUACCUGCAGGAGUACGCUGCUCUGGGCACAGGAGGAGGCAUUUACCACUUCAGAGAUCAGAUCCUGUCGGGUUCCCCGGAGGCCUUUUUUGUCAUGAACGCAGACGUUUGUUCAGAGUUCCCCCUGAUGGACAUGCUGAACUUCCAGAAGGAGCACGGAGACGCGCACAGCUUCAUCAUCCUCGGCACUACUGCCAACAGAAAGCAGUCCUUAAACUACGGCUGCAUUGUUGAGAAUGAGCAAACGAAUGAGGUGCUGCAUUAUGUGGAGAAACCCAGCACGUUCGUGAGCGACAUCAUUAACUGUGGAAUAUACCUGUUCACCCCGGACAUCUUCCAGCACAUCGGUGCUGUUUUUCAGAAGAACCAGCAGGACCUGAUGCUAUAUCCAUAUGAAGGAGACGAGCAGUCUAACGGCUGGCAGCGAGCCGAGGCCAUCCGUCUGGAGCAGGACAUCUUCACCGCGCUGGCAGGCCAGGGCAAGCUCUACGUCUACAAAACGGACCGAUUCUGGAGCCAGAUCAAAUCUGCCGGAUCUGCCAUCUAUGCCAGUCGACUGUAUCUUAACCAGUACCAUAAGACCCAUCCGGAACGACUGGCCACGAAUAAGGACGGAGGGCCUAAAAUAUGUGGAAACGUUUACAUCCAUCCGACGGCCAACAUUGACCCCACUGCUGUGUUGGGUCCGAAUGUGUCGAUAGGAACUGGAGUGACUAUCGGAGCUGGAGUUCGAGUGAGAGAGUCCAUCAUCCUCCAUGGAGCCACGUUACAGGAUCACAGCUGUGUGUUAAACAGCAUCGUGGGCUGGGAGAGCACUAUUGGUAAAUGGGCAAGAGUGGAGGGCACCCCGAGUGACCCCAACCCCAAUGACCCGUACGCCAAAAUCGACAGCGAAACGCUCUUUAGAGACGGAAAACUCACUCCAUCCAUCACCAUUCUGGGCUGCAACGUGACGAUUCCGUCUGAAGUCAUCAUCCUCAACUCCAUCGUCCUUCCACACAAAGACCUUAACAGGAGCUUCAAAAACCAAAUUAUUCUGUAAAAUAUUGCCAUCCAUAGGUUUUAAUGUUAUAGUUUCAGCCACAUCUUAGCAUUUUAUGCAAAAACCAAGCAGGGAGCCGUUAAUGUUAUUCAAAUGAUCACCUUUAGCAGUAAUGUGUGAAGGUCAGUUGGGGUCAUUUUGCACUCAGAGUUGUCUGUGUAAGUGUACAAUAUUAACACCUCCAGAGCCACAAACUCUCUUCUCUCUGCGGCUGAAAAGUUUAGAAAUGACAUUUACUGUCGCAGCUUCUCACUGAAAGCUAUAAUGAGCUUCCGAACAGCCGCGUCUGUAGUGGUCUUCGCAGAAAUGUACACAGUGUUUAUUUGUACAAAUAUGUGGGAGAUAAACUUCAACUGAGCUGCUACGUUUGCCAUUUCUCUCCACUGCCUGUUCUAUAAAGGGAACUGAAACGCCGUAAAUCAAGUCUCCGAGCGGCUGCUGAAUAAAUCACGUCACGUUGCUGUUUAAUGGAACUGCUGUCAUGUUUAUGUUCAUAGAGAGCGGCUUUUGAACAGCAUCUUCAUUAUUGCAGACACAUGAGAGACAACUCAAUAAAGGCUGGUUAAUUGUGGCUGUUAUCGUUUGUAUGUGUAGAUACCCACGCAUGUCCAGUAGGUGGCAGCAUCACUGCAAAACAGUCAGCGUAUCUCUUAGGCCUUGUUCAGACUGACAGCCCAAAUCAGAUUUUUGGCAAAUUUCGAUUGUAUCAAGAUUGAUUUUUAAUAAAAAAAACACAAAAUCUGA